AAAAAACAAAUCAUUGCUAAGAAAUCAUUAAUUAUGACUCAUUUAAACGGAAUCAAUAAAGAAGACAAUAAGGCUUUGGUUUUGCAUAAAGCAAAUGAUUUGAAACUAGAGAUUUGGCCGUUAGAUGAAACACUUGACGCAAAUGAUGUCUUUCUUGAGUCUAAAUGCAAUGGUAUUUGUGGUACUGAUAUUCAUUUGUUGAAGAAUGGAGGUACUGCUGGGUUUACAAUUGAAAAGCCAUUAGUCUUGGGUCACGAACCAUCAGCUCUUGUCAAAGCAAUCGGAUCUAAUGUUAAAGAUCUAAAACCGGGUGAUAGAGUUGCUGUCGAACCUAUCAUAGCGUGUGCUAAGUGUGAGUACUGCCGAAUGGGACGCUAUAAUCUGUGCCCACAAUCAUAUAUACAAUCCCGAGGAUUACCGCCAAUGGAUGGCUGUAUACGCAAAUACUAUACCCAUCCAUCCAAUUGUUGUUUUAAAAUCCCAGAUCACCUGUCCUGGGAAGAGGGCUCAAUGGUUGAACCGUUUGCUGUUGUGGUUCACGCCUGUCGACGAGUUAGUCUCAAAGUGGGUGAACGGGUUUUAGUCUGUGGCGCAGGUCCAGUUGGUAUUAUGGCUAUGCUUUGUUCUAAAGCUUUUGGUGCGACUAAAGUAUGUAUAACUGACAUAAAUAAGAGUCGUCUAGAUUUAGCCAAAAGUUUGGGCGCCGAUCAGGUAUUUCUUAUUGAUGUCAAAGAUUUCAACGACGAAAAGUUUGCUCAAAAUAUGAACAAAGAUUUUGGAAAAAUUGAUAAAACAAUUGAAUGUUCGGGCGUUGAGUCCAGUCUUUCCACAGCCAUAUAUGCAACAAGAAUUGGCGGUCAGAUAUGUUUGGUUGGAUUGGGUCCGAAAAAAGUUAAGGUUCCGAUCAGUACAGCAAUUAUGAAAGAAAUUAAUCUCAUCGGAAGUUGUCGGAUAAAAGACGAUUAUGAGUUGGCUAUUGAAUUGAUUGCAUCGGGAAAAGUCAAUCUGAAGCCAUUAGUGACCAAUAAAUUCAAAAUCGACAGAGCAUUAGAAGCUUUUGAAUUACUUAAGAGUAAUCAGGAAGGAGUGGUCAAAGUAAUGAUUGAACACUAAUUGUUUACAAAAUAAAAUGCUUGUUUAAAACAAUUUAAUGUCACAACAAUCUCAAAAUGUCUUAAUUAUAAUAUAUAAUACAUUGUAAUAUUUAUUAUUAAUAAAUUGUA